UUGCGUCACCUCGCCGCGACUCGGAGUUCAAGCGACGCAUCAGUGUACACAACAACCAUGGCGGAAGAGGAACACCUGUCGCCUUUCCACACCGAGAAAAUCGUCCAGUUUCAGGAAGUCACUGGAACAGAGGACUUGGGAGAAGCCCGCUCACAGUUGGAAAACCAUGGAUGGGACCUAGAGGCAGCCGUCCAGACACACCUUGCUCUGGGGGACAACCGCGCACCAACACCUCCCAUUCCAGCGCAGAAUGGCAGGAAUGACCACAACGGUUGGCAAAAUCUGGCUGGGGUAGGUGGAGGAGGAGGAGGAGGGAGUGGAGAUGGGGGAGGGGGAGGGGCCAACCGCCAUGACGAGGAGGAGACAGACACAGAGGACGGGGCGGACAGUGGUGAAAGAGAGAGCAGCUCAAACAGCCUCCUGCCUGCGUGGCCUCGGGGGAGUAUCUUCAGCUGGGGCUACUAUCUCCUCACGCUGCCCUUCCGCAUCACCCUCUCCUCCCUCUCUUCCCUCUUCCUCUUCGUCUACAGGAUUGUCUACCCAUAUCCUCGCAGAUUAACUGACCCGCUAGGGGAUGUGCUGCAGUUCAUAGGACAGUAUGAAGCAGAGUACGGGCAGCAGCACCCUGCCUUCUUCCAGGGCUCUUACUCACAGGCUCUCAGCCAUGCCAAGUCGGAACUCAAGUUCCUCUUGGUCUACCUGCACUGUGCUGAUCACCAAGACACGCCGGCCUUCUGUAGAACAACCCUGUCAGACCCUGCAAUGGUGGAGUAUGUCAACAACACCAUGGUGUUCUGGGGCUGCUCUGUCACCACAGCAGAAGGCUAUCGAGUGUCCCAGGCUCUGAGGGAGAAUGCAUACCCAUUCCUAGCCCUCAUUGUGCUACGGGACAACCGCAUGACAGUGGUUGGCCGGUUGGAGGGACCCUGUACACCCACGAAGCUUACUGAGCAACUGCAGCUGAUCGUUCGGGAUAACGAGGCCUAUCUAGUGGUGGCCAGAGCAGAGAGGCAGGAGAGAGAGCUGACUGCUGCCCUGAGGCUCCAACAGGAUGAGGACUACCAAGAGAGUCUCCGUGCUGACCAGGAGAAGGAGAGAAAGAAGCAGCAAGAGAGGGAGGAGAUAGAGAGGAAGGAGAUGGAAGAGAGGGAGAGAGAGGAGGAGCAAAGGAGAGAGAAGGACAAUAUUAGAAGACUGAAGAUCGAGAGUGUGGACAAGAUACCACAGGAGCCAGAGGAAGGGGCUGAUGGCACGGUGCACAUCGUGGUGAAGCUCCCUCACGGGGCAAGGCUGGAGAGACGCUUCCUCAAGACAGACAGUCUAGAGGCCCUCUACUACUACAUCUUCUGCCAUCCAGACUCCCCAGAUAGGUUCCAGGUGACCACCAACUUCCCCAGACAGGUGGUGCCUUGCGAGCCCUCAGAGGCCAACCCCAACCCUCCCACCUUCGAAGAGUUCCAUCUGCCCCCAAGGAGCAUGCUCUUUGUAUCCGACUUGGAUGCCUGAGGAGACCAUAGUGAUAGAUGGACCGUGGGGAGGUGGGGGGAAGACGAGUAAAUUUUUCUUUUUCAUUUUUCUUCUUCAUUUUGGUAGGAUUUGCAGUAGUCACAAGGAUUAAUGGAUUUGCAUAAGAGAAGGAAUUGACCAAAUAACCAUAAUUGUUGUGAAUGGUGUCAGUUUGCUGCAGUGAAGUGCACAAUUUGUUCUUGUUUACCCCCACCUUACCCCUGCCAUUCUCCCCUCCCCCCCGUCUCCCUGCUGCCGCCCAGUGACGAUGGUGCAGGCAGGUUUCCUAGGGGACUUUGGGGGGAUAGUGCCAUGUGAUGUUAUGACGGGAAGCACAUGAAGUACCGUUGUAUACAGAGGGUUUAUUGGUCAUCAUUGCCUUAAUUCCGUGUCUCUGCAUGGAAGUGAUAAGUACAUAGGCAGUAAUCAGGUAGAUUUAAUUCCAAAUCAAAAAGGGAAGUAAACAAAGACGCAAUGAAAACAGAAAAAAAAAUAUAGCCGUUUGUGUGACAGGGAAGUACUGCUAUAGAGAAUUCCCAGUGUCUGAAAGUCUGUUAGAAUUAACAAGAACCAGAGUUUUAGUGAUAGUGUUGGUAGAUGUUCGUUUCUUGGGGGUGAGAAGUGUGUACUCUGUGUCUGGUUGGAGGGUGUACAUAAAUUUUGUAAGUAUAUUGUACUGUUUGCUUGUGGUAUGGGCUUGACAAAAAUGUAACUAAAGAUGCUAGUUAGGGCAUUUAUCUAAUGACAACGAGAAAAGUAGGCAACCAUUAUCCUAGCCAAUAAUUUUUACAGUUGAAAAAUUGUAUCUAGUGCUGUAUAUGAAAGAUUGAAGGAGAGGGAAAGGGAGACAAAUAUUUACAAACAUAUCCUCAGGAACACAAACAUACUCAUUGUCUCUUAUUCAUUAACAUUAUACCCUUUUCCCUUUUUUUUUCUCCUUUUACAUCCUCCCUCCCUCUCUCCCUCGGUUUCCAGCAGAGACCUAGAGGCUAUGACAAGAUAUAAAGAUGGAGACAACACUGCUAAAACUUCCAGUGGACUUUUUCAGAAGUUGUGGUUGAGAAAAAGACUUUGUGCUGAAACUGUCUUCAGUUCCAUGUAUGUGAGGGGCAUUGUAUGUGCACUCAAGGUGUGAAUUCCUGUAGGGAUAAAAGUAACUAGAAAUGGGUAGUUUUUAACUUGGUUGGUGUCUUCUUAUAUGUAUAUUUAUAAUAACUGACAUCUUUCUUAUUUAUAUUUGCACUUUGCUGUGGGUGACUUUGUUUUUGUGUGUGUCUAUAGCUUUAGAAAUGUGUCUGGAAACUAAGUCAGUGUUACGUAUUGUGGGAAAGAUAAACAAUAGCUGAUCAGGGUGUUUUAAAGAGGUGGAUAAUGGUGCUGUAUUUAGUUAGAUUGUAUUUGAAAAAAGAGAACUGAAUAGAAAAUGGUAAUUGAAAAGAAAGUGAGAUGUGAAUUUUUUGUUUAUUUUAUAUUUAUAUUGAUAUAGAUAUUUUUUGAACAUGUGAAAUAGCCAUUGAUUUUGCUGAAAUACAGAAAAAAAAGCAGAGUUCAAAUUAAUGGGAACAGCAACUCAUAAGCAGAGAGGAACCCAUUUUAGGCUGCUGCUUGCAGUUCAGAAGAAGGAUGGAAAAGCCACACCAACUUUAACAUAUCUUGGUGGAUGGACCUCCUCCCUGUGUUGAAUUCCUACCCCCCCUACCCUCUCCUUAUUCCUCCUCCUCCUCUUCCUCCUCCUCCUCCUCCUCCUCCUCCUCCUCCUCCUCCUCCUCCUCCUCCUCCUCCUCCUCCUCCUCCUCCUCCUCCUCCUCCUCCUCACUUUUCCCCAUUCAGAAUCUGUCUUAGUAUUAAGAAACCAGUGCACUAUUGCGUCCAAAGGAGUUGCUUGUUGCUUGAAGGAUGAGCCACUGGCUUGGCUCAGACCCUACGGCUGGCUCCCCACCCUUCCCCCCUCCUUCCCCCUUACCCCUCCCUCACUGUCACCUUCGUCAAUAAGUAUGUCUGGUUUGCUCAUCUAAGCACCAUCUCAGUUUCAUCAGAGUUGCAGGUGGAAACAUUUUGGUCUGAAACUAGUUAUUGGCUUCUUCUUUUUUUCUACCCUUAUGAAAAUGGUAGUUAACUAUGGAAGAAAAUAUUUCUUUCCUUCUUUCUUACCAUUUUGUCUCCUUUCUUCAUGUGUUUAAAGUAGUCACAGCAUUGGUUUAAUGUGUACAAGUCCCACUAUACCAUGUCUGUCUAUCUAUCUGUCUGAGUCGAGUCCUCUUCAUAUCAGCUGCUUGACUCUCUUUGGGGUGUGUUUUAGAUGCAGUAUAUCCCUAGCUAAUGAUGCACACACUUUCAUACUGUUCUUUUUUAUAUAUAUGUAUCACCAGAAAACCUGUCUGCUUUUGGUAAUUUGUGUAGACACGCUGUAUCACAAGAGCCGCUUUUUUACACGUAAGGGGGAUUUCAUAGCCACAUAUAUUUUGAUUCAGUGUCAGCAUAUUUAUUCCAUGUUGAUGAACGGCAUUGUGUAUUUUUCAACAGUGAACUUUUGUUUUGUACUGAAAGAAUUUAUGUGUUGAUUUUUUUUUUUUCUUUUUAUCUACCACAGUUUUAUAUUUACCUGUGUAACCUACUGUAUAUUACUAUAGAUUUUUUUUUCUCUCCUUUUCUUUUGUAGAGGCUUUAGUCAAGAUGUAGUCAUAGUUCAUAUGUAACUAUUCUCCCCCUGAGGAUAAUGUAAUAGCUUGUUUAAUAUUAUAUGGGAACAUUUAGAUUCUUUUUUUAUAUUGUUUUUGUUGUUGAUGUUUUUGUUGCUUGUAAGUUGUUACAUACAAGAGUACAGUAGUGAUAUCUACCCACUGGAAAGGGA